UGAGAAUCUGGAGUAGACUAACAAUUGAAAAUGGGUUGGUAAAAUCCUUCCAUUUUUGUUUCUUCUGGCACUGCCUGAUCCGUUCCGCCCAUUCAGAUUAAACAAUGCCUUGUAUCAACAGUGAAGAGCUGAGAGCAGGAAACACUCUCAAGCUGGAGUCCGAAAUCGCUCCAUGAGAAUGUGCCAAACACAAAAAGGAAACCGAACACAGAAAGAUCUGAUUGGGUGUUAUCUGAACCCUGGUUGGCCCUUAUUGGCUGUCGUACUGGGGUCCCCACACGCACAUGUAGACCUGCCCCUUUUUUCAUUCUCUGCGAAAUGUACCUCCACACACACAGAGACGAGUGGCGACCACAAGCUAAUUCAUUACUGGGGAUGCUAUUUACUGCCUAGUCUUUAUAUGGGGAGAGAGGGGGUCAGGGGGUGGCCGUCCCUACACUCAGAGGAGGUGGGGAAAGCGGAGUAGUAAGUAGGUAAGGCUGGGGGAGGGGGCUGGAGAAUGCCACAAGAAUGCUUGGGAGGGUCAGAGAAAAUAGUGGGAGCGUGCUCAACUUCUCAAGUUUCUAAGAGCAACAUCGAGGCACUGAAGGAGGAAGGAGAAGAAUACGGCGAGCGGAGCGCCACAGAUUAAAGUGGAAGAAAGUCGGGGGGGGGGGCGGAGGAAGAAGGAACAGGAGGAUAAGAGUCAUGCACUGGAGAGCAGAGGGUCGACAAGACCGCGGGGGAGGGGAGGAGUAAGUGAAGAAAUAAGAGGGCAGGACGUAAGCAGCUUGGGAAGAGGGGUGAGCUGGCAGCAGGAUUAUGCCGGCUGGACGUGCGGGGGGACGGAGGCUGCAUCUGGGCCCACGGCACGGGGGGGACAUGCGGCCCAUCCUGCUGGAGCUGCAGCGUUCCUGGCCGUUCCUCCUGCUCGUCCUGGUGGCUGGCACCACUCUGUUCCUGUGGUACGCGGUAGUGAUCUGCCGGGUCUUGGGGAGUCCGGAGCCUUUCCCGGAGGCUACGGACGCAAGUGACCUCCGAAACCCUCCUCCGAUGAGAGUGAGACCUAUUACUUCAGGAAUAUGUGAAAGCUGCAGGUGUGACAUGCCUGAGAUGCUGCUGAAGCUUUUGAAUAGCAGCUGGAGCAAGCAGAAGACCUCCGACAUAUUCAGGUUUCAGCUGACCUCCACGUGCAAUGGAAUCUCCAAGGCCAUUGUCACACAGCUCAAUACACCUUUGGGGUCAAAAAUCACAUAUGAUGGCGAGAAAAGAAAAACUCUCAAGGUGACCCCAAAACUGUUUGAUACCUUUGUGAAGGAAUCGCCAUUUAUAAAUAAGUCAUUCAAGACGUGUUCCGUGGUGGGAAACGGUGGAAUCCUGGCCAACAGCAGCUGUGGAGAAGAGAUCGACUCGGCCCAGUUUGUCAUCAGGUGUAACCUUCCACCUGUGCACAAGGUCUACAAAAGAGAUGUUGGCAACAAGACGAACUUGGUAACAUCCAAUCCGAGCAUCCUCAUGGAUAAAUUUGGAUCCUUGAUGGAGCUCCGGCGCCCAUUUGUAGAAAGGCUGGGCACCUUUGGGGACUCCCUGGUUCUGUUUCCCACCUUCUCUUAUGGGCAAAACACGGCCGUCUCAUUGCGCGCCCUCUACACAGUGCAGGACUUCAGAAGCCCAGCACGACCCGUCUUCCUGAACCCAGAGUACCUGCGGAGCCUGGCCCGGUUCUGGCGGACCAAUGGCCUGAAGAAGCGCCUCAGCACGGGGAUGAUGAUGGCCAGCCUGGCACUGGAGCUGUGCGAUGAAGUGCAUCUCUACGGCUUCUGGCCCUACCCCCGGCACCCACGAGACUGCCGGCCCCUCACCAACCACUACUAUGACGAUCUUCAGAGCAAGAGCAUGGUACAUGCCAUGCCGGAGGAGUUUAACCAGCUGCUGCAGCUCUACAAACUGGGUGUGGUCAAGCUUCAUCUAGAGGAGUGUGUGACAGCACCCAGAAAAGUCUGACUCCCCUUUCAAUCUCCUUCGUUGGUGGCCACAGGACCUCCAGUCUGAGUCACUUUUCCAUGGUGGACCACAAGAGUCUCUGAUUAGUUGUAAAACAGACCUGAUGUUGGUCUCGCAAUCAGGUGCAACUGUAGAGAUAAGUGAUAUUCAUAUGUAUUUACAUUUAAUGGGAUCCAGCUGGAAUCUGGACUAUUCCCACAAGUGUUGAUGAACCUAGUAAAACUUAUAUUGCCAACACCAUAGUCAAGUGUUUUGAGGUAAAGAAUUAUCUUUGGGCCAGGUGUUUACCAAAGGCAGCACUACACGGUGAUGCAUAAAGUUAGCUUACCUCCUACUCCCGGAGAUCAUUGCGUUCUGUAAAUACCUCUUCAGGUAACAGUUACAUGGCUUCAUUUCCUCCUUCAGUGUGGACAUUAAACAGCACUCCUCAGGACUUCAGGUAAUCGGUUUUAUUUAUUUUAAUUGUGUUUUUAAUUUUAAGGCCGUCAUAAAAUAUUAACGUCACUGAAGUGACGCAUUGCAGUUUUAUGUAGAUUUUAUAGAACACAAUGUCAGUUAACGACUAUGGAGAGCAGUAUUAUCUACUUAAGAUAAAAAUGAGUGCCUGAAAUGACAUUUAAGUGCCUCUUCUUCGCUACAACAAACUAAUGCCAGCCAGCUCUGCAUGAGCUCUAAUCCUGAUGCUGGGAACCUUGGAAUAGGGGUGUCUCAUGUAAGUCCAGCUGUGGAGGACUUGUAGAGUAGAUCAGUCCAGAAGUAAGAAACAGAGAGACAUGUGUCCAGGAUUUACCUGAAUAACAGGGGACUGUGGAUUGCCCAUGUGCACUAAAUCGAUUUCCCAAUGCUUCAGUCAGUGAGAAGCUUAAGCAGGAAAGACUGAGGAUCAUUCCAAGUUUUUCAUAGCUGUUUAACGUUUUUGUUUUGUUUCAGUUUUUCACAUGACCUGGAAUUAGAACUCUGUAUAAAUCAUGUAAUUUUCCAUACAGUUUUUUUUAAACUAAUUGUUCAUGAUAAUUUUUCCUGCGUAUUUGUUUUAAGAAAGAAUUUUUUUUAGCCAGUUUCAGUUUUACUCCCAGAGAUUCUGAUCCCGCUCCGAAUGUUAAUCCAUGGCAAAAUGGAAGCAUUACACAGACUUGGUACUGAGAGUAACAAUCAAGCAAUGCUACAGCCAUUGGUUAUGCAAACCGCAACUAUGUAUCAAUUCAUCACAAACAGAAGUCUCACUUUUACAUCCCAUGUAUCUGCUAUAGGAUAAAAACACAUUUUUAAUUGUAUUUUUCAUUAAUUGCUAAAUGGAUUUAAUAAUUUCCAGUGCGGAGAAAAGGCAGCCACUGAAAGAUGUAUGAAGAAUUCAUAGUUUCUUUGUGAAAAGGGGGAAAUGUAUGUACUAUACCUGAUAGAACUGUGAUUUUCUGAAGAAUGCACAAACAAAUAAAUAAAUAUGCCUUCACUA